CAGGGCGGUGCUGGCUGAAGCGGUCAGACUCAGUCCACACGGAGAGCUCGACUUGGCUGGAGGCUACCGGAGCUGACGGUCGAAACGAUCAUUGAUCCAUGAGAGCUGUCAAACGUCGGACAAUGUUCUUGGUGUGAACGAUGUGUCUCGAGCGCGUCGUCUUCCGGAGCUGACCGUUCGUGAAAGAUUAUGAAUCAGUGAGGAUUGCUUUGAUAAAAAAAAAAAAAACAGUGAGCACGUCGAGAGUUUUUUAAUCUGUCUCGCGGAUGAGCGAACGAGCUCUCGUUCGGAUAUAAAAUCGGGACAUUGUUAUUGCGAAUCCGAGCAGUGCUAAUCGACACAAAACGUGCCCGAUCGACGUUCGAGAAUGACAGUAAUAAGGAUGACCUCGCCGGUGACGCCUGGAUCGACCAGUCCGGAUUCGUCAAACGAGGCUCAGGCGCUGCAAGCAACCUCGAAACCGACUCAUCAACUGAGUUUCUCCGUCGCGGCCCUGCUGGCGCCCAGGAAGAUGCCGGAGUCCUCGGCGAAGCAGGAUGCUCUCUUAAUGUCAUCCAGAUCGUCGUCGGUCGUCUCGUAUUUGCCGAUUCGGCAGGAACCUCGUAUCAAUACUUCUGUGCCGAGGCAACUUUCCGAUUUGAAAACCUCGAGGUACAUCUCGAUCACCACGUCUUCGUCACCCAGUCAAGAAGCUAGAUUGAGCCAUUGCGUCUCUCCACACCACGCUUCGGACUCGGGGACACCACCAAGGUAUCCCGAGGUGAUCGAUUUCACUUGCAGCAUCGAAUCACCCAGCAGACGAUCGACCUCCGGCAGCAUAGACUACCGAGUGCAUCCGUCUACCGACAUCAGAACCACUCCGGAAUCCGUGAUAGGCUGUUCCUCGCCUCCGAAAAUCAUGGGCAAUCAUCAGGACGCUGGCUCGCAAUCGCCUACGAGCAGUUCUCACGGUGAGGCUCACUCGAGGUGUUCAGAGGCGGAUGACAUCGAGGAAGACGACGAGAGUAGACUAGUGGACGUCGAGGAUCUUCAGCAUCAUCCGUCUAGUCCAACUCCCGUUAGGCCGACUCCGGCUUAUCUCGGCGGUUUCUCCAGCCUUGGUGGUAUCCCUGGGAUUCCGCCGAAUUUUCACCCUGCAGUCUGGGGCGGCGGACAUCAGAAUGCAGCUGCAGCCGCCGCGGCGGCUGCAGCAGCCGCAGCUACUGCCACAUUCUUCCCUUCUCACUUCUCUCAUCAUGCUCCUCUGAACGAGAACGGCGAACCGGCUAAGAUUAAGUGCAACCUGAGGAAGCACAAGCCUAACCGUAAGCCCAGGACGCCUUUCACGACACAGCAGUUAUUGGCCCUCGAGAAGAAGUUCAGAGAGAGACAGUACUUGAGUGUCGCUGAGAGGGCAGAGUUCUCGUCGUCGUUGCACCUUACGGAGACACAGGUAAAGAUCUGGUUUCAAAACCGACGUGCUAAGGCGAAACGUUUGCAAGAAGCGGAAAUCGAGAAGCUGAGGAUGUCAGCCGUGAGACAGCAUCAUUCGGCGCUCUACGGCUCGCACCCAGGACUUUUAACCCCGGGACUUUAUCCCGUAGGAAUGCUCUCUCAUCCCGGCUUAACACCUCAUCACGCGAUCACCCAGCAUCCUGCAAGGGAAUGAGAGUUUGAACGUUUAUACAAUAGCAGUCUCAGAAACAUGUCAUCGAUUCAUAUCUUGCGAAAUUAUUUCGACUAUGCGAAAAGGGCAGAUUUAAAAAUCACGUGAUUGUAAAUCAUGUGUUGCAGCAAAUUGAUCAUCGAAUUGUUUUAAAACGAAGAAAAAAUGUCACGUAAUUGGCUUCACGUUUUUCAGUAUUAAUUUAAAGAAAAAAGUGAGAUAUUCAUUGAAAAAUUUGUGCCAAUAUCGAUUGCAAUUGUUUUGAAAAGGUUAGAGAGAGAGAGAGUUGUAAAUAGAAUUGUAAAUAUUACUGAUUAUGUUAAUCGCUUUGUACAUAAACAUCCAAUGAAUUAUUCGAGAAAUGGGGUUACACUUGCAUCGUACAGUGCAAAUAUUGAAACGAAUGAAUCUCGAUACUUCGGAGAAGAUUCUUUUUCCAAUUUUGUAUAAAUGUAAAGUAAACAUACAAUAAAUAGAAGAAUUUAUUUAAUAAAUUGUAUUAUCAUAA